AUUUCUACACCUAUGAAAAUGGGUCAAGGAAAAAGAAGAAUUCGAGUAUUCAGACGCCAAGUGGGAUGGCAAAAAUCUAUAAACAAAGCAGUCAAAGCUUUUAAAAAAUGUGCCAAACUUUUUUGCAGGAGGCAAAAGGAGGAGCUCGAAAAGGAUCCAUCCAAAGGAGAGUUGCCUCCUACAAUCUUGAAUAUCCUUCGUGACUGGGCAAGAAAACAGUCUAGCAAGCUGUGUGUAUGCAUGCAAAGUCAAGAGAGAGAAACGGAGAGUUUUGAAGAAGAUCAGUCGAUAAGAAAAUACACAUCUACAAUCCAGUUGACACCACAGGCACCAGAUGUCACGAUAAGCCGUUCCGUAUGCAGCCAGCCUGUUGGACUAGUCCAAGAUGCAUGUUGUUCAGGACAUUGCAUUAGAAACAAUAAAAAGGAGAAAGCAACAUCUCUGUGGUAUCAGCUAUCACCGUCGUUUUCAGACGAGGAUCUUAGUCGAGAACCAACUCCUCCACAUCCGUUUGAAAAAAUAUUGAGGGAACGAAAUAGUCUCGAUUACAUGGAAAGAAUGGACAUAGAAUAUGCUAAAAUCAGGUCAUUGGAUUCAGAUGGAAGUCAGUCGCCCGACUACAUGCUGGCUCUAUUACCUCCUUCCGAAGCCAAGCAAAGACCAAGUUUCUUUUCAGAUUGGAAUAGGCCGAAUCCAUUUUUCCGCCUGCCGGGAAACACACCACCUCCUUUUCCAUCGGACUGGAAUUUUAACAAAGAAUCAGAGGAUUGUGCCAAAUCUGAACAACUCACUCCUACCGCUUCUCCUGAGUCGGAAUAUGAAGUGGCCAACGAUGUUACAGAUGGAAUACCUGAGGUCAAAACUGCUGAUAUUGAAAAAGAGAAAACAACAGACAUUCAGAUUGCAAUGGCAGUAGCUGAAAGAGUGAACUGGAUGCUUGAACAGGUUGAAAAUAACGUUGAAGAAAAUUCAUCCAAUGAUUCCAAUAUUAAAGAUCAUGUGGAACUCAAUGAGACCGAUGUUCUUUCGACAUCAAGUUGCAACUCUUUACAAGAGGAAGCUGCAGUUUUCAGUUUGAAAGUCAACGAGGAAUGCGAUGAUCGAGAGCUUGAUAGUUUAUCAGUAUCGGUGGAUAUGAGCUCGGAAGACAAUGAAGAAAUUAACAUUCGAGAGCUUGAUUCAAGAGCAACUUACGUUGUUGAUGGCAAACUUGCCGAUGUUACUUCUUUGAUUUCUACUGACGAAACAUGUGAACAAUGGGUUGAUGAAAUUCUAUUUGGCGAAUUGGAAGUCGUUGGUAGAGAGAUGAUGUCACGAGCGACAUACAUUAUUGAACAAGAUGCCUCCUACCUCGAGCCAAUUAUGGAUGAAAAAUCAGAAACUCCAAUCGAUGACAUGAUAAACGAAAUUUUGGAAAACACUAAAAGUUUGAUGGAAGAAGAGAGAUUUAAGGACGAGAAAAACAAAUCAAAAACAAAGUCAUCUUCAAAGGAAGAUCCUGAAGACGUCGAUAAAUUUAUACAGGAUUUUCUUUCCGAACCAACACUGGUAUAAACGACUGGACAUCAAUAUGAGCAUCCUGUCCGGCAACAAACGACAGGAAGAUUCGGCAGCAAUUUUACCAAAUUGUUCAGAGCAAAUUGAUCAGAAAUGAUUUUAUGUAGGAUAAACCCAACGAGACAAUUUUAUCGUAACGGAUUCGUUUUUUUGUUGUUAUAUAUAUAUAUUUAGUACAGUUAGAAUUUAUCUCGUAGUUCAACGUAAUUUGGCCUCUCUAAUGUAAUAGUAUUUUGUAUGUAAGACUGCUCGAAGCAAGGUCGCGUGUCACCAUUUAAAAGCCACAAAAUGCGGCUGAUGGUCGAGUCGCAACCUCCACGGACUUGCUAAGGGCAACGUUUUGAUUUAUUGCUGUGACAGAUCUGACGCUUGAUGUGGGAUUCGUGGCAACCCACUUCAAUACUGUCAGAGCAACAAGUAUAUACAUUUAGAAAUAGUUUUACACAGGCUUGUCCAUCGGACA